AUGGAGCUUAUAUUUAUCCUCCCUAUUCUUGCGGCGGCGUUGCUGUUUCUUCAUCGUGUACGCAUAGUCAUUAACCGGUUGUACUCCCAUCCUUUAUCAGGGUUCCCCGGCCCCCGGCUUGCAGCUGCAACCUUCCUCUACGAAUUCUACUACGAUGUCAUCAAAAAGGGCAUGUACAUAUGGGAAAUAGAACGCAUGCACGAAAAAUAUGGCCCUAUCGUCCGCAUAAACCCCCGAGAACUCCACAUCAAAGACCCCUAUUACUAUGAUGAUAUUCACGCCGGUAGCUCCCGGAAACGCAACAGAGAUCCCAAAUAUGCUGUUGCAUUCGGAGCCCCAUAUUCUCUGGUCGGCACAAUCAAUCAUGACCACCACAAACUACGCCGGAGCUUCAUCCAGAACUACUUUUCCAAGCGAUCAGUCUCAAGUUUGACGCCUUAUAUUCAUGAAAAAAUCGACCAGCUCCUCCGACGCUUUGAAUACGCCCAUGAAAAUUCAGCGGUCCUUCAUCUGCAAUUAGAUUUUGCUUGUCUUACAGCCGAUGUCAUCACGCAGUAUUGCUAUGGAUGGAGCUACGGCUACUUGGAUGAUCCUAAGAAUUCCACUCGCAAUGACCUCGUCGAUGCUGUCAAUGGACUCAUGACUGGGUUUCACAUUAACCGGUUCUUUCCAUUCUUAAUUACUAUCUUCCGCACCGCACCUCCUGGAGUCGUGCGCUUCUUGCAGCCACAUAUGGGCGAUCUGCUGGAUAUAAUGGCAAGACUGCGCGAGCAAGCGAAGGAGACCCUCGCAAACAUGAAGUCCGAGAAAAGCACCAAAUCCAAGGAAAGCACCAAAUCUGAGGAAAGAACCGAGAAGACUCAGGAUACUAUUUUUGAUGCCCUUGUCGGACCAACUGUGCCUGCUGAAGAAAAGACGGUAGAUCGCUUGGUUGAUGAGUCUGCUCUACUCAUUGGUGCCGGCACAGAAACCACAGCAAGGUCAAUUGCUGUUUCGAUGUUCCAUGUUAUGAAUAACAAGGAUAUCGGACGUAAACUACUGGCUGAGUUGAAAACCGUUCUGGAGAAGCCCACUUCCAAAGCUAAUUUGACAGAGCUGGAACAACUACCUUAUCUUACUGGGGUUGUCAAUGAAGGUUUGCGCUUGAGUUACGGCAUGACAGCCCGACUGGCGCGCAUCUCACCAAUAGAACCAAUGUUAUACAAAGAUUGGGUCAUCCCUGCAGGUACUCCAAUCAGUCAAUCAGUUUACUUCGUCCAUAUGGAUCCAACGCUCUUCCCUGAUCCCAAGAAGUUUGACCCAGAGCGAUGGAUUCGCACAGAGGAAGAGGGCCAGCAUUUGACUCGCUUCAUCGUCUCUUUUACUAAGGGCAGCAAGCAAUGUCUAGGCAUGAAUCUUGCCUACGCCGAGAUCUAUAUGACACUAGCGCACAUUCUAAGGCGGUUCGAUUUCGAGGCACACGAGACUACAGUCGAGAAUAUCAGUGUUCAUCGAGAAAUGGGCGUUGGGUACCCAAUCGAUAUGAACUUUGAUGUUAAGGCCAAAGUAGUGAGUGUUUUGGAGGAGUGA